ACCAAAUUGUCAUUAGAAAAGAAAUUAAAAGAUUACGAAAAUGUCAUGGCAAACAAGAAAGCUGCUCUCGAAAACAGUUUGCAGGAAAGAACUCAACUGGAAAAGAAGGUUGCUGACAAAGACAAGAAGAUAAAAGAACUGAUUGCAGAAAUAAAUUUAUUGCAGCCAAAGAAGACGUUAUGCGAAAAUAAGAAAUUGUCAGAUCAUAAAAGCAAUGUGGAAUUAAUGAAAAAUCUAGUUAGUGGUGCUGAUAGAAGAAAUGUUCAGAUUCAAGAAUUUAGGAAAAAAAUAAACCGCCUUGAACAUAUGAUCAGGGACAAAUCCAACAGAGAAGAAAAAUUACUAUCUUAUGCUACAAAGUUGACCAAGAAGUGUAAUAACAAGUGUUCAUCAUUUAAUAACCAGAUCAAAGAGCUACAGAGUUCUGAAAAAACUUUGCGUAACCAAGUGUCCGAAUUGGAAAGGGUCUUGGGCCAAAAAACACUAGAGCUGCACCAGCGAGAGAGAUUGGUCAAAGAACUGAAAGAACUGAUCAGAUUGAAAAAUGAAUGGGAAGUGUCCCUGUGGAAGUGUAGAAAACGGGAUGACAAUUGUAAACUGUUGUCUGAGGAAUCAACACCUAGUCUAAAGACGAUUGAGGUAUUUAAUUUACUUGCACUCAAACACAUGGAAAUAAUCAAGCUGGAUAGACGGAUAUCGGGGCUCCAAAAUAUUCAAAAUGAGGAUUGGAAAAGUGGAAAAGAAGUCAUACAAGCAAACAAAGCAGAAAAAAACUAACAGUUGAAGUCUGGUUUAAAAAGAUGAACCUGAGAAGACAUUUAGGAACAUUUAAAUUUCGUCAGAAGCCUUAAUAACAUUGUCAAAACAUUCAAAAUUUGAUCUGUGAAUGGUUUUGAAGUUUUCUG